AUGAUUUAUAGCACAAAUAACGCCACCUAUGAAAGAACCUGCAGAGUGGUACAGAUCAACCUGCAAAGGAAGAAACUGGCCACACAAGAACUGAUGAUGGAGGCUUGCAAAUUUACAUUUGCAUUGAUUCAGGAGCCGUACACUGGAGCCGAGUCAGGGAUGAGGGAAGUCAGCGGGGUGCGAAUCUUCCAGUCUGGUGAGGGUGAAGCAAGGACAAAAGCAGCGAUAGCGGUCUUCGAUAAUAAUAUCGAGGCUUCUAUGGAGGCCCGAUAUACCUCGAAAAAUAUAGUUGUAGCCCGCAUCGGACUUGGAGAUCGUGUGAUUACAGCUGUGUCCUUUUACCUUGAACCUGACCAAAAUGUAGAUGAGCACCUGGAUCAGUUAGGUAGAAUCGUAAAUGACCUAGGACCUAGUGGCAUCAUCAUGGGUGGCGAUGCCAAUGCAAAAAGUGUUUGGUGGGGCAGUACAGAAAACGACUCCAGAGGUGACGUCUUUUCCGGUCUGUUAAACCAAUGGGGAAUGGAAGUGUUAAACGAAGGAAGGAAACCUACUUUCUUUACCAUCAGGGCCUUCUUGGAGAAAGUAGCCCAAUUAAAAAUAGAUAAAAAUUUAAACACAGGAAGAAUAGCAGAAAUAAACACUAAAAAUGAAUUAGAUAAAACCAAAAAAGAGUAUGAGGAGGAGGCCAAACAACAACAGGUCAAAAGCUGGAGGGAGUUCUGCGAAAAACAAGACAGGGAGACAGUAUGGGAUGGGAUAUAUAGGGUUCUUAGGAAAACAGGGAAGAGACAGGAAGACUUGCUGCUGGUAAAAGGAGGAACCACACUCAGCGCUAAGGAGUCCGUCGAAGAAUUGGCCGAGGUCUUCUAUCCCCGGGAUGAUCCCAAAGAAGACACUGAAUACCAUAGCAGAAUACGAUCCCAAGCAGAUCUCGUGAACCGAGAAGAUGAUCCUGACAAUCAUGAUCCUCCGUUUACUGAGACCGAACUUAAAUCUGCUAUGGACAGUUUCAAUCCUAAAAAGGCUCCAGGAGGGGAUGGCCUUACUUCAGACAUAAUAGCGCGAACAGUGAACGCUGAUCCAGAGUUUUAUCUGAGUCUCUUCAACAAAUGUCUGCAACUCGGGUGUUUCCCCACCAUUUGGAAGGAGGCUACAGUCAUAGUCCUCAGAAAACCGAAUAAAGAGGACUAUACGACAGCAAAAUCCUAUAGACCAAUAGGCCUCCUUCCGGUGAUGGGAAAAUUAUUCGAGAAGAUGUUGGUGAGGAGACUCAGAUGGCACCUGACUCCUAGGCUGAGUUCCCAUCAGUACGGCUUCACACCUCAACGAAGCACGGAGGACGCCCUCUUCGAACUUAUGAGCCAGAUCAAGACAAACCUGAAAAACAAAAAGAUUAUAGUGAUGGUCUCAUUGGAUAUCGAGGGGGCGUUUGACAGUGCAUGGUGGCCGAAGAUAAGGGUGAGGUUGGCGGAGGAGAAAUGCCCGAUCAAUAUUAGAAAGACGAUCGACAGCUAUCUGUCGAACAGGAGGGUAAAGGUGAGGUACGCUGGAGAGGAAUAUGAAAAGGAAACGGACAAAGGAUGUGUCCAGGGUUCGGUGGGUGGGCCUUCUCUUUGGAAUCUAAAAUUAGAUCCAUUACUCAAAAACCUAAUUCAGAGGGGGCACUAUGUCCAGGCCUUUGCCGACGACAUAGUGCUCCUCUUCUUUGGUAUAACUACGGACGUCAUAAAUGAGGCUGCGAGAGAUGCCCUUGAGUAUACGCACUCGUGGGGAGCGGAGAACAAAUUGAAAUUCGCUCCCCACAAGACGCAAGCCAUGGUCAUCACUCGCAAGCUCAAAUAUGACACUCCAAGACUAAGCAUGGGAGGGGUCUUAAUAACUAUGACCAACAAAAUAAAGUUAUUGGGCCUAACCAUCGAUGACAAGUUGACCUUCAACGCCCAUAUAGACAAUGUUUGCCGGAGAGCCGUGAAGUUACACUCUCGGCUCUCACGAGCGGCCAGAGUCAGCUGGGGGCUGAAGGCCAACGUGUCAAAGAUGAUCUAUAAUGCUGCUGUGGAACCCACAAUAACAUAUGCGGCCUGUGCAUGGGCGGAUUCAGCGAGAAAGCUGAGUGCACGGAAGCAGCUAAAUGCAAUACAAAGGGGCUUCGCCCAAAAAGCAUGUUAUGCCUACAGAACUGUUUCCUUGCACUCAGCUCUCGCUAUUUCAGGCAUAUUGCCGCUUGAUCUACGAAUCAGGGAGGCGGCUAACCUCUACUUAGCCCGAAAGGGAAAAGCCGAGACCAUUAUCCGGGACUUGGAGAUCGAAACGGUGGAAACUUUUAAUAACACCCCCCACCCUGCACAAAUACAACGAUUAGGCUACACCUGCCUGAUGGACCAGAACGGGAUAGACAAUACCAACAUUCCGAUAAAAAUUUUCACUGAUGGUAGCAAGCUUGAGGGUAAGGUGGGCGCAGCACUGUCAAUAUGGACAGGCGAUCGGGAGACGCGGCACCUUAGGCUCAAGCUUGCAGACCACUGCACAGUCUAUCAGGCGGAACUUCUUGCGCUGAGCAGGGCCUCGAAAGUUGCUCUAGAUACAUCAGAUCACAAAAUUGGUAUCUACAGCGAUUCAAGAGCGGCAAUCGAGGCCGUGUGCAGCGCCGGAACCAUUAAUAAGGUUGCCUUACAAACUAAGAAGAACAUCGCGUGUGCAUUGAACCAGAACAGAGAGAUAUUUCUGUUCUGGGUCAAGGCACACGUGGGACUAACAGGGAACGAACGCGCUGACGAGUUGGCCAAAGAAGCUGCAGUUGGACUGAGGGUUAAACCCCAUUAUGACCUGUGUCCGGUCUCACACGCGAAGAGGCUAAUCCGUGAGGAAACUCUUCGUGAGUGGGAUCGAAGGUACCAAGAGGGUACUACUGGAGGUGUCACUAAAAUGUUCGCACAGGAUAUAGGGGCAGCUCACAAGGUCUUUAAGGAGAUUAAACUCAAUAAGGAAAUAACACAGGCACUGACCGGGCACGGUGGGCUCUCUGGAUAUCUGUACCGCUUCAGGUGCAAAGAGAGCCCAUCGUGCAGGUGUGACCCUAGUAAAAUAGAAGAUGUACCACAUCUUCUAACAGAAUGCCCAAUAUACUCGAGGCCAAAAUAUGAUCUGGAGAUGAAAAUAGGACUAGAAAUUAAUGUUGAUAGCAUAAAGGAAAUAGUAAAAGAUAAGAAAAAUAGGGAAGAAUUUUUGCUACAUUGUGUUAAAAUAAUAAAAGGAGUAAAUAGUAUUAACAGAACAGAAAAUAGAAAUAGGAGAUAA